AUGACACUUCCAAGAUUCUUUUGUCUUCUUACUUUACUAGGCCUUGUAAAAUGCCAGGAAUCUGUUAGUUCUGUAUAUGAUCUUAUUGGUGAACUUCGCUAUUCGACAACUUCAGAUGUAAAAAUAGUCAAUGGUUCCAAACCAGACUUACCAGCUCUCCGCAUAAGUUCAGUGGCUCACCUGAAAAAUAAAAAAAGUGCUUUCCCCCUAAAUGGGUUGCCUGCAGAAUACUCCAUCUUAGCCACAUUUAAAAUAUUAUCAAAUAUUCAACAGGGCGUCUGGAAUUUAUGGCAAAUCGUCGAUAGUAAUAAAAAACAGAAAGUUGGACUUUAUUUAAAUAAAGACACACCUACUGUGAGCUUAUUGUACUCCUCGCCAACCAGGACUCUUCAUUUCCAUACAUCUAGUAAUGCUACAAUACUUUUGGAUGGGAAAUGGCAUAAAUUGUCUUUCAGUGUAACAAGUGAAGAUGCCAAGAUGAUUUUCGAUUGUAUUGAAGUGAGUUCAGUUACAAUAGCAGAGCAGAAACCUCAUAAGAAGAAAAUGUUCACUUCAAGUAUACCAGGAGAAUCACCCUCCGUCCCUUUGGUUGACAUUCAGCAGCUUGAAAUCCACAGUGAUCCAGCGAAAGCAUUGAGGGAGCAAUGUUGUGAGCUGUAUGAUCAGUGUGCUGGGGCUGCAGAGCUGAGCCUUGGAGCUAAUUCUCCUCAGUGUUCCAAAUGUGCACAUGGACUUUUAGGCCUUCAGGGACCUACAGGAGCAAAGGGUCAGAAAGGGCAUGAAGGAGAACGAGGAGAGUUUGGACAUGUAGGAAAUUUGGGUGUCCGUGGAAAUCCUGGAAUUUAUGGAAGAAUUGGUGACCCAGGGAUUAAAGGAGAACCAGGCAUAAAGGGAGAAAAGGGUCAGAGAGGUAUACCUGGUGAAAGGGGUGACCGUGGUGAUCCUGGUUUCAAGGGACUGCAAGGAGCAGCUGGUUUCAAAGGCAUUGCUGGCCCACCUGGAAUCAGAGGUCCCUCUGGUCUGAAAGGAGAAAAGGGAGAAGAAGGAGAAAUGGGAUAUGAAGGCAUUCCAGGAUUCAGAGGAGUGAAGGGUGAUGAUGGUUUUCCUGGAGCUGAGGGUCGUCCAGGCAGGCAAGGGCAAAAGGGAAUUUUUGGUGACCCUGGAGAACCAGGAAUUGUAGGAAAGAAAGGCGAGCCAGGCAUUCCAGGGCCAAAUGGCCAGAAAGGAUCACAGGGACCACAGGGGAUAAUUGGUGACCCAGGCCAGUUUGGACGGGAUGGCGAUGAUGGAAUUGAAGCGUUUCAAGGUCUUCAGGGUAAGGAAGGACAUCGUGGCACUUUGGGACUCAAGGGAGAAAAGGGAUUUAUGGGACAACAAGGUUCUGAAGGUCCACAAGGAAGACCCGGACCUCCAGGACCAAAAGGAGAAGCUGGACGUCCUGGCAGACCUGGAUUUAUCGGACCACCUGGUGCAGCUGGUCAUGUUGGACUUCCUGGUGCACCUGGGCCAAAAGGCAAUACUGGAAUUCAAGGAGCUAAGGGUGUAGAAGGACAGAAGGGAGAGAAAGGAACAAAGGGACCAAAAGGCAAGGUUGGAGAUAGUGGUCCAGUAGGCCCAGAAGGACUUCUUGGUAGACGAGGAUCUCCAGGAGAACUUGGUGCUCGUGGUCAACCAGGAGAGCAAGGCCUUCCUGGUGACCCUGGGAUCCCAGGUGAUAUUGGGCCUAUGGGAUCAAAGGGACCAUCUUUUCCAGCAUCCCGUAUAAUAGAAGUUUGUCAGAAAUUUGUUCUUGAACAAAUGUCAUCAUAUGCACAAUCUGUACGACGACAGUGUGCUAGCGCUUGCCCAUUGUUUGGUGAAGUACCAAUGGGUGCACCAGGUCCAAUAGGACUGCCUGGGCCACCUGGACAACCAGGUAAACCUGGAUUGAAUGGACUUGAUGGUGAAGAUGGUUCAGAAGGAUUUUAUGGAGAAUCUGGCGAUCCUGGAAAGCAGGGGCAGAAAGGUGAACCUGGAGAAAAAGGAGACAUAGGUCCAAAAGGAUAUGGUCUAGUAGGAUUUCAAGGAGAUGUAGGACCAAGAGGUGAAAAAGGAAAGACUGGCCAAGCAUUUGAUGGAGAACCUGGUUUAUUGGGUCCUCGUGGGCAUAGAGGGAAACCUGGACAUAUAGGUUAUACAGGAGUAAGUGGACCACCAGGACCAUGUUCAGCUUCUGUUUGUGAGGAAACUGGACCAACAAGAAAUCUUACUUAAGAGUUAAGACUCCUAAACAUAAGUGAUCCAAAGUGGCUCAGACCUCAAGAGCGGACCUCAAGAAGUGGCUACAAAAACUUAUAGAUUACUUAAUUUCUUGUGGGAACGAUUAAAAAAUGAGAUUCUACACAUUUUUGUAAAUAUGCUUUAUUCAUACGUUUUGAAAGGCUAAGAAUUGAAAUGUGAAAACACAAAGAUCAUUACUUGAUUUAUCAUUCAGUUUAGUUAUUUAUUUUAGGAAAAAAAUGUUUAUUUUCAUCAAUAGUACUGACUAUAUUGACUGUUUCUCUGUCCGAAAACAUGUUAAAUGUGGCGUUCAAUGUCAGCACGUGGACUCUAAUACAGGAAGCUUCCUUCAUUCUCAGGAGCUACAGUUACUAUGUAUGUUAUGUAAAGUACACAUAUGUGGUAUGAUCUCACA